AUCCCGUGACUCUCUCGCCAUAAACAAAAAAAUCAAACACAUGACAUGCUUCCAACUUACUAUAUUACCAGCGCGUGAAUUUCAAGCACCGCCACGGCCAUGCGAUCCCCUCAGCCACAGCCUCUUCGCAACGGAGACGAUAACCGUUCGCCGUCGCAUCCCUCUCGUUUCCACUCAACGGUGGCAGAACACAAACUACGUCGUUUCAACUCUCUCAUCCUCGUCUUCCGUCUCACCUCCUUCUCCUUCUCCCUUGCUUCCUCCGUCUUCAUGCUCACCAACACUCGCGCCUCCGAUUCUCCUCGCUGGUAUCACUACGACACUUUCAGGUACUCUAUUCCAAACCUAAUUUAUCACUCUUCGUCAAAAUUCAUAUUGAAAUUUUACACAAGUUCCCGUAAUUGGUUCAGAUUCUUUCUAGCUGCGAAUGCGAUAGUGGCGUUGUACUCUAUUUUCGAAAUGGGCGCGUCCGUGUGGGAGAUUUCCAGAGGUGCGACGCUGUUCCCCGAAGUGCUGCAAGUAUGGUUCGACUUCGGCCAUGACCAGGUGUUCGCGUACCUGCUGUUGUCGGCGAGUGCGGCAGGGACGUCGAUGGCGAGGACGCUGAAGGAUACGGACACGUGUACGGCGAGCAAUGCGUUCUGCGUGCAAUCGGACAUAGCCAUAGCGUUGGGGUACGCGGCGUUUCUGUUUCUAGGGUUCACCUCGCUCCUAACGGGCUUUCGCGUUGUUUGUUUCAUAAUCAACGGUUCACGCUUUCAUCUGUGAGUCAUGGGAUAGAGGGUGGGUGUUGCGUGGGAACGACGUCGUCGCCGUUGCAGGGAGGAGUCGGAAAGGAAUAUUUUGGGUGGGGUCAGGGCUU